GUCUAGCAUUUUUAUCUAUUCAUGCAUGGAUUCUCUUCUCCUUUCUCGCCCCGCUUUCAUCUCUCAGCCUUCGUAUGGAGCUCGAAAUGUUAACGAGGAGAAACGAGUCUUGGAAAAAUCAAAGUGUUUACUCAACUGGCUUACGCAACGGAAUUUCGACAAGAUCAAGGAUGAGAUCGUUCAGACAAUUAUAAGAGGAUCUCCCUCCGCUUUUGUUAUCAAGUCUCUAGUGAGUUGCAUUUUCGAUAUGGCAAUGGUGGACAAUGCCUAUAUCCUGUUCGCUCGUCUAUGCGUGGAGCUAUUUAACGCGCUACCCCCAUUUCGAUCUGAUGAAUCUCACGGUGAGAUCACCACUUUUGUGAGGCUCUUCUUGUCCAAAUGCCGAAAGGAGCUUGAAAGCUCAUCUCCUGAUCAAACUUCUGCUAGACCACCACCGCUUGUUUUUGUUGAGGAAUCAAACUGCUGGAGAUUUAUCAAGACCGUGCGGGUUUUGGCUGAAAUUUUCAAGAAUAGCAUGGUCACUGAAACAACAAGGCAGAGUAUUAUCCAGGUGCUUAUGAAUCCCAUAUUCCCACCUGAGAGGAAUACAGAUGCGAUGAAUUAUUUUCUGUCCUACAUUGGCAAACUAGCUGACUUCCAAUUUUCUGAUGAAAAUGUCAAGCAGCUGCUAGUGCAAAGUUCUCGGGAUGUAGAGUUGGAGAGGAAAGAAGCAGAAGACGCACUUGCUAGUCAAAAAGGAGAACUAGAGUUGAUGAAACGGUUACUUGAGUCUUACAAGGAAGAAAAAGUUCAAUUGCAUUUACAAGUUCAAGGUUUUGAGAAAAAGUACCAAGAGGAGCUGAAGCUAAGGAAAGAAACAGAAUAUGCGCUUGCUAUAGAACGGGAGAACAUAGAGAAGGUAAGGCUUCGACUGGAAACUCUCGAAAAUGAACAUACUCAUAUGCUGUUGAAAGCUGAGGAGCUCGAGAGCAAUUACGAGGUCGAGCUGGUUCAAAGGAAAGAAUCAGAAAUCGCGCUAAAGAAAGCGAGGAAAGAGUUGGAGGCGAUGACGCAAGAGCUUGCAACUUGUCAAAUAGAAAAAGAGAACAUGGCCUCGCAGGUCAGAACUUGGCAGGACAAAUACGACCAAGAGUCGAGCCUGAGGAAAGAAACAGAGGAUGCUCUGUCUAAAGAGAAACAAGAGCUUCAGAUAGUCAAGGGACUACUCGAUUCAUACAACCAAGCAGCGGAUGUGAUGCGAGAAGAGAGGGACAAUGCUCUCCAAACAGUUCAAGAGCUCACCAGAAAGCAAUUGGAAGAGCGUCAACCUCCAGCGUCGUUUUUCUGCCCUAUCACACAGGAGGUGAUGAAAGAUCCACACUUUACGGCCGAUGGAUUUACAUACGAAGCAGAAGCUAUUAAGAGAUGGCUUAGCACAGGUCACGAUACAUCGCCGAUGACUAAUGUCAGGCUUUCUCAUCGCACCCUUACCCCCAACCGUGCUCUCCGCUCUGCUAUUCAGGAGUUUGGUUUGAUUCUUCCCGCUUCUUGA